UUUGCAGAUACUGACGCAAUACCAACUCGAAAAACUAAUUUUACAUUGUCAGUCCAGAUGGAUUUUCAACUUGCUUUUAAUGAUUUAAACUCACCUCAAUCACAAAAAUUCAUCAACACAUUAGUCCUGCAGCUUCAAGCCCUAUGCAAAGAAGCAGAACCACAAAGCUUUAGAAAAGUACAAAUCAUCAAGUUAUCAAACGGAAGUGUUGUUGCAGCAAGUGUGGCAGAGUACAGCUAUCUAAAUAAUGAAACACAAAUCCAGUUUAUCAACAAUGAGCUUCAUGGGGUGUUGACUGAUAUCUUGAACACCACAAGUAACCUGGAUAAGAUUUCUCAGGCCUUUAAUAACAGCAGUGUGACGUUAGAUCAAAUCACCUUCCCACCACCUGAAAUUAACAAUAUUACAAACCUGGAGCCUUACGUUAACUGCAGUGGGUUUGCUAAUUACACUGCUAUUGUAACUAAUGGUCGAUGGCAGUGCGUUGGACAUUGUAAAACCAAUCCUAAUUACUGCAAUCAGCAUGGAGAGUGCUUGAAUGAUAUUCGAAAAGGGCCUAUUUGUCGGUGCUUUGAGUCAAGCCUGCAUCAGUAUUACGGUCCGCAGUGUGAAUUCUACCGUCGGGGGCCAGGUUUCUAUGGAGCCCUGUUUGGGUCAUUGGCAGGUGUACUCCUGCUCUUGAUUGUCAUUGUCAUUGCUAUCUAUGCCAAAAAGAAGUAUACAGGAGUUUGGAAAAGGAGCAACUCCUUUAACAGAAGACUGCCUGCUUUUGAGGAAGAUUUCUUUGACUUCACUGAUUCAGCAUACCAUAACUUGGGAAUGAAAGACCCUUACUUAUCAGAGGCCUUUAGACCACAUCUAGGAAAUGUUGACAAUCAAUUGCAGGUCAAAACAAGACAUCCAGACUUGUUGGACAUAAACCCCUAAUGAAGGCUUUAGUCUGGACAAUUUCCGUUUGAUAUGAUGUGUCCUUGCUUUCCUAGAGUUGUCAACUGUAUAUAACACAUGAAACGACAUACAAGUGAUUUGUUUUUAUUGUAUUUAUGAUGAUUGUGUUUAAGCUUUAUCAACUGUAAUCCACUACAGCAUGUCAUAUAAA